CCCCCCCCAGAAAGAUAAGGUGAUUGAAAUCAGUGAAACUGGAUGAAAUGACAGAUCAGCUUUCAGAAUUUCAGACUGAAGCAAUCCCGGUUAAUAGCUGUAAGAGUCAUGGAUUGCUGGAAGAAAAUGCAAAGCAGCGGAUGGUUUUUCCCCACUUCGAUCCUUUGCAUAUACGGCUUCUUCAGCAUGAUGAGGCCCUCUGAGCCUUUCCUCAUAUCUUACCUUGCUGGACCAGAGAAAAACCUGACUAUUGAUGAGGUAACACAACAUAUUCUACCAGUUUGGACAUACUCCUAUCUGGCUCUACUAUUCCCUGUGUUCCUGAUAACAGACUAUGUAUGUUAUAAACCUGUCAUUAUUCUCCAGGGAGCUAGCUUCAUUGCUACUUGGUUGUUGCUUUUAUUUGCACGUGGUCUGCCGGCCAUGCAGCUGAUGGAAUUUUUCUAUGGACUUGUGACUGCUACAGAAGUUGCCUAUUAUGCCUACAUCUACAGUGUUGUCAAUGCAGACUACUACCAGAAAGUUACAAGUUACUGCAGAAGCAUCACUCUAGUGGCAUCCACCAUGGGCUCAUUACUGGGUCAGCUUUUAGUUUCUUUAGCCUACGUGCCUUAUUUUUAUCUCAAUGCCAUAACACUGGCUUCUGUUUCUGUAGCAUUCAUAUCUUCUUAUUUUCUGCCCAUGCCUCAAAGAAGUAUGUUCUUUCAUAGAAAGUCUUCCCAAGAUGGAUCAGAUAACUGUCCCCCAAACAUACCAAACCAGCCUAACUACCAACAGAACAAAAACAUUACAAUGACAUCAGUCAACUCCCAGAACUUACCUGAAUACCAGUUACCUCAAAUUCAAAACCAGAAUCAUUUUCUAGCAGUGCUUUUACACCUAUUUAAAGACUUGAAGGAAUGCUACACCACAAAGAAACUUCUUUUUUGGUCAGUAUGGUGGGCAUUAGCUACUGCAGGCUUUAACCAAGUUCUGAAUUAUGUCCAAGCAUUGUGGGAUUCUAAAGCACCUUCCCAAAAUUCUGAUAUUUACAAUGGAGCUGUUGAAGCCAUUGCAACAUUUCUGACUUAUUUAUUUCUAGGUUCGCUAACAUCACUAGCUGUGGGAUAUGUGAAAAUGAACUGGGAUCUAAAUGGAGAGCUGGCACUGGGAAUCUUUUCGGCUCUGGAUGCUGGUUCACUGUUUCUGAUGCAUUUUACCAAGAAUAUCUGGGCCUGCUAUGCUGGCUAUCUAAUUUUCAAGGCAUGUUACAUGCUCCUUAUAACUAUAGCCACAUUUCAGAUUGCUGUCAGUCUUGGCAUGGAACGCUACGCUUUAAUGUUUGGAUUCAACAACUUUGUUGCACUGCUACUUCAAACUAUUAUUACAGUUAUAGUAGUGGAUUCCAAAGGACUGGGAUUGGACAUUGAAAUUCAGUUCCUAAUAUAUGGCAGUUACUUUGCAGUGAUAGCUGGGAUUUUUCUAUGCAGAAGUGUCUACACUAUAAUCACAAUCAAAUGCCAAAAAAACAACCUUUCUAAAUAUCCAAAGAAGCACGAGGCAGAAGAACAGAAUGCAGAAGGCUAUGGAACAAGACUCUGAGACUUUUUAACCAUGUUAAGUGGUAGGUUGUACUGGAGUCAAACCUAACACUCAUUUGAGUACCAGAACAGAGAGUGACCAUAUAUUCCAGGUUAAAUUGCGAAAUAGCCAAACAUCUGAUUUAACACAGCAGACUUGACACUUUUUUUAAAAAAAAAGCAGUAUUACAUUCAAGCUAUUUAGUUAACACAAUAUCAUUCAGCAGUUUCUCAACAUUAACAUUUCCUUAGUAUACAGAAUACCAUUUCCUUAGCAUACAAACAUAGCAUAUUGGCUAUGAUCAAUUAAGAAUAUUAAAUAUUAACAACAUGAUGUACUUACAAAUUGAUAAGAAAAUAAUGUGUUUGUAAAAGCCAGGUAAUGAAAAUGCAGAAUAAGCCUAGAAACUGACAUCAUCAGAUAGCAAAAUCAAUUGUCAAAUCAAUAAUUCAGGUAUCUGCUAUUAUCAAUUAUUUGUGAAACUUGAGGAAAUAUUUUUUGCUUAUGCAAUAACCCUGUACAAUCUGAGUAAUCCCCAAAACAUUAUUCUAAGUAAUAAUGUUCAGGACUGGACUGCAUUAAAGUGAUACAAGAACUAAAGUUAUGCUGAAAAUGGUGCUUCAAUUUCACAUGCCCAUUUUCUCGUCAUGGAAGUGACAAUUUUGGGAAAACAAAUUUGUCCAACAGAUGCUCCUAAAAUAUUCAGACCUUGUAGGGAGGCUUACAUUAAGUGCUCCAGCUGAGGGUGGAACACACUGAAUUGGCUUUUCUGAAAGCCAAAACAUUACCACGGUUUAGCUAAUCUUUGGACAGUCUAUUCUGCUGGCUUUGAAAACCCCUUUGAAAGCCUACAUAUUCAAUAAAAGUGUCUAAAAUCAUGUUUAUACUAGCCUGUUGAUCCUAGGGAGAUUAACUUCUUAACAUCCAUCAGCAGCUAAACUGAACCUCAAGGAAAAAGACUUCAAUCUACAGUUUGACUUGUGAAAUAAUGAACUUCUAUUCACUUACUUAAAAGGUUUUAAAAAAACUAAUUCAGCAAAAAAUACCUGCCCUUCAAAUACACAGGUUGCACUGAGAUAAAUACCACUCCCCCACAAGCAUCCAGUAAACAAUAUUUGGAGUCAUAUUUAGACUUUCUCUAUCCACUCCUUUCCAGAGGCUUGUGAAGUGUGAUGCACAUUCUGGUCCCAAUAGCUAUUCAUUGCAUUUUAUAAACUAAAUGCUCAACUCAGUCAAACAUGGAUUUGUAUUUUUCAUUGAUAAUAUUGUUAUGUUCAGAAUUUGCAUUUCUCUUAAUAAACGCAUACCAUUGUGCAACGUAUUUUACAAAUAAAAAAAACUACAUGUAGAUAUGAGGUAAUCAUAUCAAUCAAUUUCAACCAAGAAAUGCUUUAAAAACCCUGUCAUUUUAUCUUGCACAGAACUAGAUAUGGAAAACAACUUUGCAGCAAAGGCACACUAUAUCUGUAUAACAGGAGAAAGUGUACAGAUUAACCAAGCUACAGCUGAAGUUCUCUCUGGCUAAAAGUGUUCAGUAAUGAUUUAAAAACAGUUUGAUAAACAUGUAAAUUAAGAAAGAAAUUAAUAUGAACUUCUACUGUAUGAAAUCAGGCUAGUCUGUAUUGUACAGUUAAAACUAGGUUCAUCAUAAUGGUGUUUUGAAAUUUUAUUGAUUCAUUAGUAGCAGCAUUCUUAGAUAGCAAUUCAUAGUAUUACUGAAGCAGCCAAGAAAAUACUGCAUCUAUUUUCGGCCUGAACCUGAAGUCAUAGCAAAAUUUCACAGUAUAAAUGUUGAAAAAGACAAACGUGCUUUUUCUAAUGUUUAUUUAUUUUUUUUCACCUGCAAACUGUAGCAAAACAUGAUCAGCUUUAUUAUGCAGACAGGUAUCCUUCUACAUUAUAGAGAAUUUAGGCAUGUAUAAAUAGAAGAGCUCUUUAGGAAAAAAAGAAAAACACUUUCAAGAAAUGAAUAAAACCUUCAGUUUUGAACUCAUAACUCCCAACAGCAAUGGUUAAAAUAAUGUAGGUCAUUCAUUCCAAGAGAUAUGACAGCACCUUAAAGAGGCUGAUCUAUUUCCCUCAGUAACAAUUUUCACAUAACAAUGUGUUAAAAGUUACAAAUACUGAUAUGCACAAAUAACUAAUUCCUAAGAAAAAAUAUGUACAGUACGGCAGCAUAAUGAAUGUGGUAUCUGCAAUAACUUAAUAUUAGCCAAUUUUAAUAUACAUGAUACCAUUAACAUUCUCCUGCCAAUGCACAGAUUAAAAGAUGUUACCAUACCCUGUGUUCUGCCCAUUACCUGGUG